AUGCUGGCUCUACUCAUCCUCGGACUAUGCGUCCUGUGCGCCGCACAAAGCAUAGGUCUCACCUUCUCGCUACACUUAAUCGGCGAGUGCCCUGUCAUCGGCUCAUUAGAAGCCAUCACAUUCACCACCGCCUCUUUCCUCAACACAUUCGAAUGCUUCAACAUCGAAGAUCUCUUCUCCGUCAAUACUUCCGAUAGCUACGGCUCCCGCAGUUACCGCACACUAUCAAGCUCAGACCCCGACACAAACGACUGGCGCCUCUCCAACGCACUCGCCUACUCCAACCAAACCGACUACUCCACAAUCUUGUAUCAUCAAAACCCGCCUUCUGGGCUUCCGCAGGAAAAGGGUCAAGAUGCCCUUCGUCUUCUGGAAGUGUACGCCGGUAAGGGUUGCGAACAGGCAAACACCCAUUCCGACACCAUCCAUCCUAUCCUCGGUUGGUCUUGUUCGAGUUCGAGAGCUGGAGAUUGUUAUGAUGUCGGGUACAACAUCAUGAGCUUUAAGAUUGGUCCGGCCAUCGUCAACAGUAGACCCCAGGGUUGUUGGACCCCCUCGACAGGGAUGGGUGCGAAGAGGCUUGGUAGCAGCAAAUUUGCAGCUAUCGCAGGAGUCACGGUCACGUUCAUGGCAGCGUUCUUGAGCUGA